ACCAUACGUCAUCUUCUCUAUCUAUUCCUCUACAUUUGUGUUAAAAAAUCCAUUCUUUUCUCUAUUGGGUUCACGAGACUAGAGGAAUAAAGCUCAUAGCCUGAGAAUUGGGCCAGUGGUGCUGAAGGUUUGCAUUGUUUCAGGUGCUACCAGAUAAAGCAGGCACGUGCAUACUCCGGGAUAUUCUGACCAGUGUUAUUGGGGUGGUGGGAUCUGAAUUUAGUAAUGGAGAGCAUUCCGCGAUUAGCACAGCGUGUUCUUUCUGUGCCAUUCACCCCAAAAUACUUGAAAUCUUGUAAGAAAUCAAGGCCUCUGACCUCCUACUUAAUGCAAAUCCACGACUCCCAGAAACCAGUAUUCAUACAAUGGAAUCUUCAAGGUAGACCUUCUUUAUGCACUGAUUUAGUAUCUGUGAAAAAUUACAGUUCUACCACUGCUCGAGCUGGUUGGUUUCUUGGUAUGGGAGAGAAAAAAAAGCAAGUCUUGCCUGAUAUCAUGAAAGCUGGUGACCCUGUUCUUCAUGAGCCUGCUCAGGACGUUCCUCUUGGGGAGAUUGGAUCAGAACGGAUCCAAAAGAUCAUAGAUGAGAUGGUGAAAGUUAUGAGAAAUGCACCCGGGGUUGGUCUUGCCGCUCCUCAAAUUGGUAUUCCUUUAAAGAUGAUUGUGCUGGAAGACACAAAUGAGUAUAUAAGCUAUGCUCCUAAAGAUGAAACCAAAGCACAGGACAGACGCCCAUUUGAUCUCUUGGUUAUUAUAAAUCCAAAGCUUAAAAAGAAAGGCAAUAAAACUGCAUUGUUUUUUGAGGGGUGCUUGAGCGUUGAUGGGUUCAGAGCAGUUGUGGAAAGACACCUAGAAGUAGAGGUUGGAGGAUUUGACCGAAAUGGAAAAGCAAUCAAAGUUGAUGCUUCAGGAUGGCAGGCUCGCAUUUUGCAGCAUGAAUAUGACCACCUAGACGGAACUCUUUAUGUUGACAAGAUGGUUCCUAGGACAUUCAGGACUGUAGAGAACUUGGACUUGCCUCUUGCAGCCGGAUGUCCUAAAUUGGGAGUGCGCUAAGUGAUCGCCCCAAUCGACUCUUCAUCAAACUAAUUGAACAAUAUCUUCUUGGGAUCGUUUAUCCUCUUGUUCUGAUGUUGUGAAGUUAAAGUUUGACGUGUGCUUCGACAUUUGGAAAGUUUCGAAGACAAUUAAAGAUGCUGCAGGCACCGACUCCCUGUGUUUGUGGAAUACCGCUAUGCUUCAUUCAGAUAUCAGCGAUUGAGAAUUAUAUGGACGGCUCAAUGACAGAUAAGUGUACUGCAUAUAUCAUUUUUUUCUUUAAGUGUGAUGAAUUACGGAGAUUCAUUUUUUUUUUAAUUGUAGACUGUUCCCAGAAUGCUGCCAGAACUUUAUGAAAACUUUUGAGAGUUUGGAGUUCCUACUCUUGGGUUGA